CUCUCUUUUGACUCUCAAAAGCAAUAUCAUGAAAACCAGUUCCCUGUGUAGUUACUUUCGAAAUUUCUGGGGUUCUUCCUUUUGUUUUUCUCAAUUUUUAGAUCCAUGAUACUUUUCUCAUUAUUUUGAUAUAGUGUUUUGGUAGAAUUUGAUAUCUGCUAAGAUCAGGGUCGACAAAAAUGAAUUCUGGGGAUUAUAUCAAUAUUCAACCCUCCGAGCUCAAAUUCGCAUUUGAAUUGAAGAAGCAAAGUUCUUGUUCCUUGCAAUUGACCAACAAAACGGACAAAUAUGUUGCCUUCAAGGUUAAAACCACCAAUCCCAAGAAGUAUUGUGUUCGUCCUAAUGCUGGAAUCAUUUUGCCCAGUAGUGCAAGCAAUAUUACAGUUACGAUGCAAGGUCCAAAGGAGGCGCCUCCUGACAUGCAGUGCAAGGAUAAAUUCUUGAUUCAAAGUGUUGUAGCACCCGAUGGUACAACAUCGAAGGACAUUAGUGCAGAAUUGUUUAACAAGGGAGAUGGUAAAGUAGUAGAUGAGUUUAAGAUGAGGGUUGUUUACUCUUUUGCGAAUCCACCAUCGCCUGUUCCAGAAGGAUCUGAAGAAGGAUCUCCUCCAAGAACCGCUGCAGUUGAUGACGGAAACCAAAAUUUUGCGUUGUUUGAUGCUGUUUCAAGAUCUCUGGAGGAUCCUAAAGAGAAGUCAUCACAGACGUGGUCCGCAGUUUCUAAGUUGACUGAGGAGAAAGCUGCAGCUUUGCAACAGAAUCAGAAACUACGCCAGGAACUGGAACUUUUGAGGAAAGAAUCAAGCGGAAGGCAGGGUGGCGGUUUCUCUGUAUUGCUUGUGGUGCUCGUUGGUCUCAUCGGAGUUCUGAUCGGAUACCUGUUAAAGAAAACAUAGACAACUUAGGCAUUCCCUAUCGUUUGCUUGCUGCACUUUGAUGUUAUUAUCUGUGUUGUGUUUUGUCCAGAAUUUAACAACCUUAAUUGGUUGAAUUCUUAGUGAGUCAAAACUGAAGACAGAUUUGUUAUGUCAAAAUCAACAUCGACCCUGGAUAGUUGUUUUCAGAAGAAUACUUUUUGUUGGAUUUAUUUUUGUUGCUUGUUUGCCCUCUCAGUGUUCAUCCAUCUCGUUUCCAUUUGGAUUUUGGUU